AUGUUUCCGAAUGAUGUAACUUCAACAGAGAGCAUCCUUUCCACUCCUGCGUCUGUAUACUCGCAACCGGUCCCUACCUCCUGGAACGAUAGGAUGUCGGAGUUCAGGUCUCCCCGCAUACCCGCUCUACGAUCGAGCCAGAAAUUCAGGCCAAAAUCCACAAAGGCUUCUUUCAGGCGGACGACAAAUGGACCUGCUAUCGUCGCAACUAUUUCUCUGUAUCCUGCUUCCUUUUCUUUGCGUCAAUGGACGCCGAAUGCUCCCUUGUAUCUGCAACGGCCUAACCACCCCACGGAACGUAUCCACUCCUUUGCCAUGUCCAUCUCAGCCGUCGUGAAUGGCCAAGAUGGCGAAAUUCGGGAGUUGGUGCAACAUACCCCCAAGAGAGACAAACAAUCCGAGAAAAGACCGGAGAAGGUUAUCUUGCAACCGCUGCCGUCGUUUUCUCUGGGUUCCAACGUCGGACCUGCGGCUGUCGCUAGUCAUUCGGCAUAUGGAGUACAUCCGCAUUCGGCGGGCAUGUCUCUGGAUUACAAUCAGCCUUUCGCUAACGCACUGCAGUCUUCGCACCCACCCACACAACAUACAUUCGAGCGAAUCCAGUUCCAAAAGGCGACGGCGAACAACGGGAAGCGGCGAGCGCAGCAGCAGUACUACAACCUGGUAGUUGAACUCCAUGCAAAAAUUUCGUCUCCAGUCAGCAGUGGUGUCGGCCCUCAAUGGGUGAGGGUCGCCAAGAGACUCUCAGAUUCGAUGGUGGUGCGCGGGCGAUCUCCAGGCCACUACAAGGACGGAAGACGUGAUAGCUCUGCAAGCAUGGGCCCUGAUAGUGGGGGGACGGGCAGUUCUGGAGAUGGCAGUCGGGGGAGUGUUCUACCACCAGGCCUCGGACAAGGGCCAUUUCCGCAUCUGCCUCUGAUGUCCUAUGAUACCUCUCAUCGCAGUGGUCCUCGUUACAGCCGGAACGGACCACAGCACCACCAGCGGCCUCUGGCAUCUACCGAUCACUCGCCCUCGAGUACCAACACGUUGAUUUCAUCCUCUUCCUCGUCGUCUUCCCCUUUCGAAUUUACCAUUUUUAACGACUCCAUGGAUGGCGUCGAGUCGGUGGAAGAUAACACGCAAGUGGCGUCAUAUCGCGAUGUGGCGUUCAAUCUGGGCUCAUCAAACCGAAAGAAAUCGACCAGCACUGCCAGUCGUCAGAGUCACUUGUCUAGUGUCGAGUUUGGUUCCCAUUCCGAGGAACCGGAUGGGACUGAGAAUACAUUCGAUGAGACGUUUGAUUCGGUGGUUCCUAGCUAUCAUGGUGACCAAGACGACACUUCUCAGUAUUUGAAGCCGUCGCCGAGUCUUGGUACUGUCAGUCGACACCUCUCGGCUGAGACAGGGCUCGACAGCGGACGACACAGUCGAGCCAGUGAAAGUUCCUAUGGACGAUUUGACCCGAUCCAGAGCCCACGGAGCCUAUGCACCUGA